CAGCCUGUGAAGGCAGAGAGAAAUUGACUAAUUAGCAAUGCGCACUAAAACUUGACGGUUCUUUAUAGAGAGAAGAGAAGAGAGAGGGAGAGAGAGGGAGAGGGAGGGAGGGGGGGCUCGCUUUUUCCCCUUCUUUCUUCCAAAGAUGUUUGAAAUCGCAGUCAUUUACGCUCGACAAUUUUUACAAUAGCCUUGAGCCAUAAUUUUGCGAGUCUCUCCAGCAUCCAUCCCCCUGUAUGGUCUCUCUCUACUGGCCAAGCACGACCGUUUCUCUCCCCAACCGUGGAUUUCCUAUUACUCUCGUUACGACUCACUGAGCCCCAGGCCCAAGGAUAAUGAUGUGUUGUUUCUUGGUAGCAUAAUUUGUCACACGUACAUUUUUUCUUCUUCUUCUCUUGCAGAAAGCUCUGCUCCCUCUCUCUCUCUCCCCCUCUCUCUCUCUCCUCUCUCUCUCCCUCUCUCUUUCUCUCUUUUCUCCCUCUCCUACAUUUUCUUGCUGUUGCUAAUUCAUGGUGAUCAAAUGAUGUACGACAAAAUAAAUUGUAAAGAGUGACUGCCUGGAGUUGGGAACCAGAAGGUGUUUCCCCCCCACCUCCCAAGGAGAGAGCAAACCUCUUAAAAGGAAGGACAAUUGAUUUUUGGGGGGAGCUUAAGUGAGCCUUGACUUUGCAGCUGGUUGACAGCAGGUAAGUUUCUGGCCUUGUGUCUGCCUUGGGUGUAUUUUUGUUGUCUUUUGGGUUCUUGGAGGGGGUAGGGAGUCUUUGAAAGGGGUGAGGGGCAGUUAUGUGGCAAAGGCUUAUAAAGAAUAAAACUCCUAUGGCAAGAAAUAGGCAGGAGAGUGGGAGGCAAAGGAGAACAAGAAGGAAGGAGAAUUGGAGAAGACGGGGUGGGGGGGCGAGACAACGAAGCGGGGAGAGCGCGAGAGAGGUUGGAGGAGGGUUUAAAGCCAGGUGCGCUGAGUCUGCUCGCCAUGUCCAGAUCCGGGGACAGGACCUCCACCUUCGACCCCAGCCACAGCGACAACCUGCUGCACGGCCUCAACCUGCUGUGGAGGAAGCAGCUGUUUUGCGACGUGACCCUGACGGCUCAGGGCCAGCAGUUCCACUGCCACAAGGCCGUGCUGGCCUCCUGCUCGCAGUACUUCCGAUCGCUCUUCUCCAGCCACCCGCCUCUCGGGGGAGGGGUCGGCGGCCAGGACGGCCUGGGGGCCCCCAAGGACCAGCAGCAGCCCACAUCGCAGCCGCAGUCCACCCAGCAGCCGCCGCCGCCGCAGGAGGAGCCCGGGACUCCUUCCUCCUCCCCCGACGACAAGCUGCUGACCAGUCCCCGGGCCAUCAACAACCUGGUGCUGCAGGGCUGCUCGUCCAUUGGGCUGCGCCUGGUGCUCGAGUACCUCUACACGGCCAACGUGACCCUCUCCCUGGACACGGUGGAGGAGGUGCUGUCGGUCAGCAAGAUCCUGCACAUCCCCCAGGUCACCAAGCUCUGCGUGCAGUUCCUCAACGACCAGAUCUCGGUGCAGAACUACAAGCAGGUGUGUAAGAUAGCCGCGCUGCACGGCCUGGAGGAGACCAAGAAGCUGGCCAACAAGUACCUGGUGGAGGAUGUGCUGCUCCUCAACUUCGAGGAGAUGCGCGCCCUGCUGGACUCGCUGCCGCCCCCCGUGGAGUCGGAGCUGGCGCUCUUCCAGAUGUCCGUGCUGUGGCUGGAGCACGACCGCGAGACCCGCAUGCAGUACGCGCCCGACCUCAUGAAGCGCCUCCGCUUCGCGCUCAUCCCGGCCCCAGAGCUGGUGGAGCGGGUCCAGUCAGUGGAUUUCAUGCGCACCGACCCUGUUUGCCAGAAGCUGCUGCUGGACGCCAUGAACUACCACCUGAUGCCCUUCAGGCAGCACUGCAGGCAGAGCCUGGCCAGCAGAAUUCGCUCUAACAAGAAAAUGUUGUUACUGGUUGGAGGGCUGCCUCCUGGACCAGACCGGCUCCCCAGCAACUUGGUUCAAUAUUAUGACGAUGAAAAGAAGACCUGGAAAAUACUCACAAUUAUGCCAUACAACAGUGCUCACCACUGUGUUGUGGAGGUAGAAAACUUCUUAUUCGUGCUGGGUGGAGAGGACCAAUGGAAUCCAAAUGGAAAACAUAGUACGAAUUUUGUCAGUAGAUAUGAUCCCCGAUUUAAUAGCUGGAUUCAACUUCCUCCUAUGCAAGAAAGAAGAGCCAGUUUCUAUGCAUGUCGGUUGGACAAGCAUUUAUAUGUUAUCGGUGGGAGGAAUGAAACCGGCUACUUGUCCAGUGUGGAGUGCUAUAACCUGGACACAAACGAAUGGCGCUAUGUGUCCUCUUUGCCACAGCCUCUGGCAGCUCAUGCAGGAGCAGUGCACAAUGGGAAGAUAUACAUUUCAGGGGGUGUACACAACGGAGAAUAUGUCCCAUGGCUAUAUUGCUAUGACCCCGUAAUGGACGUCUGGGCUCGAAAACAAGAUAUGAACACAAAACGCGCAAUCCACACUUUGGCUGUAAUGAAUGAUCGCUUGUAUGCAAUUGGAGGAAAUCAUUUGAAAGGUUUCUCCCACCUCGAUGUAAUGCUUGUGGAGUGCUAUGACCCUAAAGGUGACCAGUGGAAUAUCCUGCAAACUCCCAUUUUGGAGGGUCGAAGUGGUCCUGGUUGUGCAGUGCUUGAUGACAGCAUUUACCUCGUGGGAGGCUACAGCUGGAGUAUGGGGGCCUAUAAAUCGUCUACAAUAUGCUAUUGCCCCGAAAAGGGAACCUGGACGGAACUCGAAGGGGACGUAGCAGAGCCUCUGGCAGGCCCAGCUUGUGCAACAGUCAUCCUGCCCGCCUGUGUGCCCUACAACAAAUGAUACCAGUGUGUCCUGGGAUGGACAGCGUCAUGUCCUGGGAAGCAGUGGCAGGUGAUGUCGCUCUCCCAUAGGAACUGUGUACUCGAAUGGUAUAAUUGCCAGAACCCACCUUUGGUUUCUGAUGAUUUGCAAGUAACCACAAGAGAAAAAGACUUGUUCUGGAGCAGAUACUGCGUCUGCCACCAGAUCCCAUCCAACUUCCUAUGGUGACAAACUCUUCCAUUUCAGACUGGUUUUAACUUGUCCUGCUAUACAAAAACUUCCCAUGAGGAUCUUAACUUUUGAAAGGAGAAAGAAAACGUACAGGAUACUGGCCCCACAGAGACCUAAGAUCAGUAUUGUGCAUUGUAGUCUACCUGCAUGUGGUCCAUGUUGAAGUUUUGGGGAUAUUGUGUACAUGGAUAAUUCAAAAUCUGACCCACCAAAAUACUUAACGCUGCAUUACAGAUAUUGCCACUUGAUUCUGUAUUCCUAACCUUUGGCUACUUCACAGACUCCAUAGGCAAUACAGUUACAGAAAAUUAUAUAAGAUGAAAGACAGGCAUUUUUGUUUGUCCACAGUUCUAUUUCACAUAUCCUCUUCCCUUACAACACCUCACAAGAGCAAAGAAGAGCAAGUUGUUGACUCUCGCUUGUAGCAAUUGCUUUGUGCCCUCUUGGUUCUAGGCUAGCCAGAGUGUUAAUUUCUAUGUCUUCACUGCUACUUAAAAAGCAAAACAAAAACAUACUAUGUCACAAUCAGUUCACAGAGGCUUAUGGUUUCUUUUUUUCCUUUUUGCAGUAUUUAAGUAGUAAACACACAUGCUAUUUGCUUCAAAAGACAGAACUGACAAAUUUAGUCCUGUGAAAUUCUGGAGAUUCUGUUGGAAAAAACAUCUGAUCCAAACCUGAUCCACAAUGAAAACUUAGAGAUUGCUUCCAGAAAUUCAGGGAUGAAAAGAAAGAAUCAUUUCUUUUAAGUAAAAUCUCAAUUGCCUCUCUCUAACCUAAAACACACAACUUACAGCAUCACAGCACCUGACAAAAUACUUCUCCUCUUCCUCGCCUAUGGCUGGCUCCAGAAGCUUGACUUAACCUCAUUCUUCUCCCAAUUCAUCAUAUUUUGUUUGUCAUUACCACAGAUGCCUGAACUCAGUUAAGUGAGCAAUGGCUACUUGUGUUUAGGAGCAUGAGGAAUUUAGGGACAGAAGGUCAGGAGAGCAUGACGUAGUCUCAGUGUGGCCAAUCAGAAGAGCUAAACUGGCAGGAACAUGCAUUUGACUUGCAAGCUCUUCAGAGCUCGACUAGUAACUGUUAGAAGUAAAUAAAAGCCUGUAAUAUUUUUUUAAUCACCCAGAAAUGACGGAUGCUUCAACAAAUGUGACAUGCCAAACAAAAAUAUGGAAAAGUGACAGAUUAAAGAUGCCUUGGUCAUAAGAUUUCAUUGGGGAGCACGUCAAGAUGGAUGGGUACACUGGAACCCAAUGCUGUUUCUACAGUAAAGUGCAAUCUUCGUUGUUUUUGUAUUUAUUUGUAUGUUCAGAUCCAAAGGAUCCGUUGUAAAAUAUAUAUAUAUAAAUACAUAUAUAUAUAUAUCCAGUGCAAUCAACUUUCAUUGCUUUUUCCUUGAAAACAUAUGAGUGUAUAGAAAGAAAUAAAACCUACUGUACUUUGUAGGAAAAUCUCAGCUGACAUCAUGAAGAGAAUGAGGUCUGUUUCAAAACCUUUUAUUGUCAACAGUCACCAUUUCCUCUAGAAGUCACAGUUUAUACAAGAAUAUUUGCUUUUGUUAGACUUGUUCUUCAUUUUCUUUUUUUCUUUCUAGCCAAAAUAAAUAAAAGCAUUUAUGAGAACUAUAAGUAAAACUUUCUGUAUUUCAGAAAGACACAAACUACUAGAAAGUAAAAAGUGAAUAAGUCACAGAAAAUGUAAAUUUUGUAUAGUAUUAGAAUGUAUAAAUGAAGCUUGCUUGGAAGGGGAAAACUUUAAAUAA